AUGCCAGAUACCAAAUGUGGAAUCUUUGACAUGCUAUUUACCAGUGAGUUAGAAGUCUUUAUGUUUGGUAUUAAGAAACAGGUGAUUGAUGCCUUCAUCUUUAAGAAAGAAAUAAAAACUCAGUAUAACAGCGGACAAGCUUCCUGUGAAUUGAUAGUACUGAAGACUGAAGCCAACACAGAUUAUUUGCACAAUGAAGCAAAAAAAAGGAAGGCUGCAAAGCUGGAGAAGCAGAUGGAGGAGACCACAAGGCUCCAGCAAGAACAGCAGGAAGAAGAAGAUUGUCUGAAGGAAGUUCACCAUGCUGAGAUUCACAGACUUAGCCAGGACAUCCAACUCCAGGUAGAGAAGGAGGACUUGCAGCAUAAGCAAUUUUCUGAAAAAUAUGAUAUGCUGAAGAGAGAACAGGAGGAAACACUGCAAAAACUCCAGAAAACACAUGAUCAAGAGAAGCUGUUCCUAACUGAAUCCUACCAAAAAACUCAGGCAUCUUUGCAGGAGACCAUAGACAAGCUGACUUCCCAGCUGAAGUCCUUUCAGGAGAAAAUGAAACGGGUAGAAGAGUCAAUUCUGAGCAGAGAUUAUAAAAAGCACAUUCAGGACUAUGGGACCCCCAGCCAGUUCUGGGAGCAAGAACUAGAGAGUCUACAUUUUGUCAUUGAGAUGAAGAAUGAACGCAUCCACAGCUUGGACAAGAAGCUGCUGAAUCUGGAAAUAGUGAUGGAGUCAAACUUAUUAGUUGAAGAGAAAAUUAAGAUUCUACAACAGGAAAAUGAAGAUCUCCAAGUACGGAUGCAGAACCACAUGACAGUGACAAGGCAGCUGUCUGAUGAGCUUCUGACCAUUCGUGAGGCCCUGGAGAAGGAGACCCAGCUGAGGGAGCAAGCUCACCGAGAGAAGGAGGAGCUCUUGUACAGGGUGCUUCAUGGCGAUUCAGGCCACCCCUUUGCUAUUUCUACUGAGACAUCACUCAUUGCCACAUAGCACUUUGAGAGGCCAAAGACACUGAUGUGGUAUAAAAAACAGAAGAGGGAAGGAGACCACCAUGUGACUGUUUCGUCAUUGCAUUCUACUCCAGAGGUGUUCAGAUAUUUUUUUAUCCCAUGGACUAAGGUGGUCUUCAAGGGACAUGCCACAGGUCACACUCCUCCCCGACAAAUGAGGGCCAACUUAAGAAGUGGGAGCAGAGAAUAAUAUUCACAUUAAAUGAAUU